CCGGCUAUAUCCACAUCCACAUCCACAUCCAGAUGCACAUCCACAUCCACCGUAGGCGUCCACCGCCAGCCAAUCACAGGCGCCCACCACGGAGAACCGGUUUUCCGGGCUACCAGCUAGCUACCUGCUUGGGAUCGGGAAAAACUGGCUGCGACCCACGGCGAGUUAGCACUCGAGCGGAGCUACUCGAGAUCAGUUCGUUGCGAAACGUCGAGCGUGAAAGAACCUCAGAGCGCAUCUUCAUCCUCAGUUACGAGCGGCGAGUGAACAGUGAAGCAUUCCAAACUCUAUCAGUUGAUAUCAGAACAGUUCUAAGACAUUUUACCGAGUGCUAGACGCCAAGUGUGCAAGUGAUUCGAAAUGCUUUCCAUGCAAGAGCUAAUGGAUAUGCGGAUGCAGCAGCAGCUGGCCCACGAGAUCUACCGCCAGCAGAUCAUGCAGCGGAUUCCAGAUCCCUUUCCCUCGAUGUUACCCUUCAACAUGCCCCACCAGCAGCCGCACAUGAUGCUGCCCAGUCGUCCCAGCCUGCCCGGCGUGGAGGCCAAGUUGGAGAACAACGAUCUGUGGCAACAGUUCCAUAAAAUCGGCACCGAAAUGAUCAUCACAAAGAGCGGCCGACGCAUGUUCCCCUCGAUGCGCGUUUCCCUCAGUGGCCUGGAGGAGGAGGCCAGCUAUUGUGUGCUCCUCGAGAUGGUGCCCAUUGGCGACUGCCGCUACAAGUUCUCCGGAUCCCAGUGGGUUCCGGCCGGUGGAGCCGAGCCGCAGAGUCCGCAGCGCAUGUAUCUGCAUCCGGACAGUCCGGCCACCGGUGCCCAUUGGCAAUCGCAGGCACUGCUCUUCAACAAGGUUAAACUGACCAACAAUACCCUGGACAGCAGCGGACAUAUCGUUUUGGCCAGCAUGCAUAAGUACCAGCCACGCCUGCACAUCAUCCGCAGCAGCGAGCUCACCCAACUGCCCUGGGCUCCGCAGCAGGCGUUCGUUUUCCCGGAGACGGAGUUCGUAGCUGUCACGGCAUAUCAGAACGAUCGCAUCACCAAAUUGAAGAUCGACAACAAUCCUUUCGCAAAGGGUUUCCGCGAGUCGGGCCAAUCCCGCUGCAAAAGGAAGCUGAACAGCAGCGGAAACUCCACUCUGGAGUCGGAGGACGAUGGCUCCAGUGUGAGCAGCUGCGAUUCUCCGCAGGCGAAGCGCCAGCGCCAGGACUUUGAGCAGGACUCAACGGGCAGUGUUUCCCCUGCUUACUAUGGAGCAACUCAUCCAGUGACCAGCUCUAUGUCGCCAUCCGUCUAUCUCCGCCAUCCUCUGAGCUAUGGACCCAGUGGAGCUCCCGGCUUGCCGCCCAGCAUUGCAGCUGCCUAUUUCGGUGGAGUUCCUCCACAGAUGCUGCCAAUGCACCCAGCAACAUAUGUGCCAACUGCCGCUCCUGUUAGUCCUGUGCCCUCGCAGCCAGUUGGCUCCAGCACACCCACAACCUCACCGAAACCUUCAACCUCCACGAAAAGAAAUAGCUUCAGCAUUUCAGCCAUUUUGGCCUACUGAAUAAUAACAUAUUUCGAAAACCUACUUAAGUUGGAGUCAUCAUCUGUUGUGAUUAGUGAGAAACGUGUGCAUAUACUUUGUAAGCUACUCUAUGCUACAUAUAAGAUCGUUUAGGAACCAAGCUGCAAUCAUAUACCUUGUUAAUUCGUUUUAAGAGUCUUUGGUUGAAAUAAACAAAUCAGACAUCGAAUCCGUAGAAAA